AUGGAUAAUUAUUAUAUUUUCAAAAAUGUGAAAAAACCUCCAAAUUCUUAUAAUGAAAAAUAUGACAAAAUUAACCAUGUUAGUAAUUCAGAAAAUAUAAAUAUAGGGGAGACAUAUAUUAACCCAAAAUAUAAUUAUUUAUCUGAAUUGGAUAUAUUUGAUAAUAGUAAUACUCAAAUAAAACACUCGACACACUUUCUUAAUGAUAUAAAAAAUAAAAAUAAACUGACAAAAGAAUCAAACCAAUUCACACAUUGUUCAUAUAAUACAAAGUUUUCUAUCCCAUAUGACACUAAUUUAUAUGGUAACAAUUUUAUACAAAAUAAUCGUUGUUCCUAUAUAAAAGCAAAAUAUCCCAAAGAAACUAAUUAUAAUAUUAAUAACAUUACAGAAGAAAAAAAAGCAAAUACAAUUAUGCUUAAUUUAGACACCUUUAAUAAUAAACAUACAAUAAAAAACGAUAAUGAUACUAAACAAAUAGAUAAAUGUAUCAUGAUACAAAAAAAUUAUACAAGUAAUUCUUUAAAAAUAAAUAAAAAUAUGAAAAGUGAGGUUUUAGAAAAAUGUACUAACCACACACAACCUAAUAUUUUAUCUAUCUGUAAAUUUGAUAAUAAAAGUGAUAUUAUUAAAAUGGAGAAAUAUAAAAAUAAUUUGAUAAAUAUAUAUGAUAAUGAAAAUAGUGAAUCUAAUUUUGAAACGAACAAAUUUGAUGAUGAUAUAGAAACAAUUGUGGGAUAUAAAACAUUUGAGGAUGAAAUGCAAAAUGUGGAAAAAAAUAAUAAUUGUCUAUCAGUUUGUUCACUAAAAGAUAAUGAAGAAAUAAAUCAAGAGGAAAACAUAUAUUUAAGAAAUAGUAUGACUCGAUUAAUAAAAAAAGAUGUUUUAAUAAAUACAAAAAAAGAGUUAUCAAGUUACGAAAUAAAAAAUAAUAAAUCCUCAUUUUAUUAUAGAGAAAAUAAUAUAUUUAUAAAAUUUAUUAUGUCUGAAAUAAAUAUAAACAUAAAGGUGUAUAAAUUAUUGAUAAUUUUGAUAGUAUUAAUAUUAUUAUCAUUAUCUAAAAAUAUCCAAAAAUAUGCAGUUGUUACUAGGAAAUGUUAUAAUAUAUAUGAAAGUCCGUUUAAAUCUACAAAAAGAUUAUUAAAAUAUAUGAUUAUUGUUUUAAAAAUUUUAUAUAAAUGUAUUUUGCCAAUUUUUUCAUAUAUAUUAUCAUUUAUAUUUGGUGUUAUUAUCAAAAUAUUUAUUAUUUUAAAUAUCCCUAUAUGUAUUUUUAUAUUAUAUUGGAAAUAUAUUCUAAAAAAUGAAGGAUCAAAUAUAAAAUUUUAUUUUCAAAUAUGUUUUAAAAUAUAUAUGUAUAUUAUUAUGCAGGUUGCACACAUUUUUAAAAAUUACACACAAACACAAUUAUUGUCCUUAUCAUACAAAAUUUAUCAGCUUAUUUUUAUUUACAUUUGUAGAUUUUUUAUAAAAUUUUAUAAUGACAUCCUUUAG